UAGAUCCUGGCCAGAGAGCUGGUGCGUUUUUACCACGCAGAAGGCGUUACUGUACCUCCGGUACGGGGCGCUCAUUUUCUCCGCGCUGGAAAUUCCGCCAGUCCUUCGGCAUAGCGGUAGCGAGACGCGGGUUUGAAAGCUCAUUGAUAGCCGGAUUUCUCUGCAUCCUGCAUCGCACUUUGAGAAAGAUGCUUCAUUCUACUUAGACCCUGGAUUUCAGUCCAGGGUAAAUUCUUUCCCGUUCAUACACAGAUCCGGCCCACGCGUCUCUCCGUGCAAAAGAAGUUAGCUCCCUUGUAAAUCUAAAGAAUAAAAACAAACUCGGUUCUGGAAGCACGUCGGACAAUGCCAGGGCUGGUUAGUUCCAGGUGUUCUACUCUGCAACCCGGUCAGAACCGGACGUCCCGUCUUUAACUCAGAAUAGUAAGAUCGAGAAGGACGCGGAGACAACGCUAGUUUCCUUGUCGAGAUUUUAGGACAUUUGAAAUGACCCUCUUCGGAAGAGUUCUCGGGCUCCGGACACAACAGGUAAUAUAAGGCUAUUCGUAAUACAAAAGCGAGUGUAGUCUAAAGUUAUUAUUAUUAAUACUCGUUUCGGAAAAGGAAACUUUCGGGUCUCAGCAGGAAAACCGCCCAGGAGACGACCAACAGGGUCAGCAUCUCUUUAGGGAAUGAGGGGAUCAUCCCCCUUCUGACAGCGAGUACACAAACGCACUGACUGACGCACACUUAACAGCACCCAGGCUGACACACAGACUUACCUGCGGGCAAACACACAGGGAGCCGCAGACACACACACACACAGGAGGAGCUCAGACUGACCCACGGGCAGGUACGGACACGCGCAAAGACGGGCAGACAGAUGCCAGGUGUCUCUCCAGUGAGGGUCCGUCUGCACCGCCUCCUCCUGUUGCUAUGGGCAACCAACACCAUGGCAACCAAUUGGCUGUCGCUGGUCAGGCAGCCGCUGCCUCGCCCUCUCCCGGACAGCGCCGCCUGUGGCCGCCUGCGGGGCCUGACGCCGGGGCAGGUGGUGGUGUGCCGUGCGCGGGGGGAGGUCAUGGAGUCCGUGCGCCGGGGCGCGGAGAUGACCAUCGAUGAGUGCCAGCACCAGUUCAGGAAUCGGCGCUGGAACUGCUCCACCACUCCCAGAGGAAGCAGCGUGUUUGGGAGGGUGCUGAGUCAGGGCACCCGGGAGGCGGCCUUCAUCAGUGCCCUGUCCGCGGCCGCGGUGGCCGUCGCCGUGACCCGGGGCUGCAGCCGGGGGGAGCUGGAGAGGUGCGGCUGCGACAGGAAAGUCCGGGGGGUCAGCCCUGAGGGGUUCCAGUGGUCUGGGUGCUCUGAUAACCUAUCCUACGGGGUGGCAUUCUCACAAACCUUUGUCGAUGAGCCGGAGAGAGCCCGGGGCCUGUCAUCAGGGCGAUCGCUGAUGAACAUCCACAACAACGAAGCUGGAAGGAAGGCUAUCCUCCACAACAUGCGCGUGGAGUGUAAGUGUCACGGCGUCUCUGGCUCCUGUGAGCUGCGCACCUGCUGGAAGGUGAUGCCCCCUUUCCGGCGGGUGGGCUCGGUGCUGAAGGAGCGCUUCGACGGCGCCACCGAGGUGCGGGUCUCCCGCGUGGGCUCGCGCCGCGCGCUGCUACCCCGGGACCCCCUCGUCAAGCCCCCCUCGGCCCGCGACCUCCUCUACCUCGCCCCGUCUCCCGACUUCUGCCGGCUGGAGCCCCAGAACGGCAUCCCGGGCACGGCGGGCCGGCGCUGCAACGGGACGUCGCGGCUGGCGCCGGACAGCUGCGAGGUGGUGUGCUGCGGGGGUCGCUCGCGGAGCUCGCGGGCCGAGGUGGUCCAGCGCUGCAGCUGCACCUUCUCCUGGUGCUGCUCGGUCCGCUGCCAGCAGUGCAGGAACACGGUCCUUCUGCACACCUGCCAGGACUGAGGCUGGCAGGGGGAGAGAGGGGGAAGGGGGCGGGAUCGGGAAGCAGAGAGAGGGAGGGGAGAGGGAAAGAUGGAUGGGGGAGAGAGGUGGAAGGAAGAGGUAGAGGCAGGAGCGGGAGAGGAAUAGGGAAGCAGAGAGAUUGGGAUAGGGAGCGGGAUACGGAAGCAGAGA